CAUGCUUUUGCGCUUUAAUUAGAAAUUACCAACAUGGCGGGUAAUGGAGAGGGCACAGAUGUGUUAGACGACGACCACUGGCUCUACGGAAAUGACGACUCUAAAGAAAAUUCACCAGAUAAAGAUGGAGAUACAGCUGUUGACAAAUUGGACGACCUUUUACUGGAUGACGUGAAUGGAUUAGGAUCGGAAGCAGUUAAACCAGAUCCAUUUACUCUUAAAAUGUCUCGUGAUAAAAGUGUUGGAGAAGGAAGGGAGGGAAGUGGUGAAGGAGGAGGUGGGAUAGAAGUUCAAGGUGCCAUCAAUGAUAAUCCUGACAAGGAUGUUUCUCCUCCUAUUGAUAGUCUCAUGGAAGAUCUCCCAUCGCAGAGUCAAGAAGUAAAACUGGAAGGGAGAGAAGGAGAGGAGGAGUAUGACCAGGAGACAGAGGAAGGAGAUGAUGGUAGUGACAGUGAUGACGAUGUGAAGAUAACUAUUGGAUCCACUGGCUACAGAUCAGGGUAUGGCCGCCUCCCUUCGAUCAAUGCCGGAGGCCCUGGAGGAGGAGCAGGAGGAGGUGAUGGUACUCUAUUAGCUAACAAGAAGGUUGAUCUUGAUGUCGUCCCUCAGUUGAAUGGUGUCCCAUUGCCUGACGUUGAUCUUGACAGCCUCGACAAACCUUGGCAGAAACCUGGUGCUGAUAUUACAGAUUAUUUCAAUUACGGCUUCUCCGAGGAAACGUGGAAGUUAUAUUGCGACAAACAGAGAAAGAUGCGUUAUGAAUCAACGCAGCUAAACAGAUCAGUUGUUCCAUCUGUAUCAACAAUGCCUCCGAUAUUUAUGACUCCGCCCCUUCUCGAUAAGCCCCCGCUGAACGUCGGUCUCCCCCCACCAAUAUUGAACCCUCCCUCUCACAUUCCCCCUCACACUGGGUCCAGUAAUAUUAAGAAUAAUGCGAAUAAGAUUCUUGGCUCAGAUGCUGAUGAAGCUUUUGAUAAGCCUGAGACCACGCCCCCACCAGAAAUAUCAAAUUCUAUAGGUCCGCCCCCUGGGAUACCCCUGAAGCCUCCUAUACUGCCUCCUCCUGGUCUCCCUCCUCAUCUUCCUCUCAUCCAGUCCUCUCAGGAUAUGACUGCUGCUGCUAUGGCUGCCAUGUUUGGUGGCCCUCCUCCUCCUCUAAGGCCGGAAUUUCCCCCGGGAUUUCCCCCUCCGUUACCAGGAGGGGUACCUCCCUUUCCCCCUCCAGUGCCAGUAGGUAUGCCCCCUCCAUUUGGUUUCCCUGGGGAUCCUUCCCGUGGCCCUCCCCCAUUAGACGAGAGAGGUGGGCUCCUCCCACAAGACGGCCUGGGGUUUCCUCCCGGACUGUGGGACCCUACAAUGGGUCACCCCCCACCCCCAGAGUUCCUCCUUGAAAGUUAUGGUGGAGGGUACCCCCGGGGCCCCCUGGGGAUUGGAGGAGGAAGCAGGUCCCCCAGUCGAAGUAGCAGUAGUGGGCGGAGCAGUGAUAGAGAUGACUCAAAAUCCAGACACAACAGAAGGGAGCGACAGAAAGAGCGUUCAAGAGAGCACAGACAUCACGGGAGAUCAAGAUCAAGAUCAAGGGAACGUCACAGCAGACACUACCGAGAGAGAGACAGGGACAGAGACAGAGAGAGGGACAGAGACAGAGACAGAGAUAGAGACAGGGACAGAGAACGAAGACACGAAAAGGAAAGAAGAGAACAUAGGAGAAGAGGUGAAGAGAGGAGACACGAGAAGAGCAGUAGAAGACACAGGAGCAACACCCCAGAGGAGACGACUUCUCAUCGCUCUAGCAGUCACAAGAAAAGAGCCUCAAAAUCACGGAGCCCGUCCUCAUAAAGAGAUAGAUUCACCACUUGCACACACCUUUAUCAACAAACUAAAUUAUUAUCAUUAUUAUUAUUAUUAUUAUACUAAUGCAAGACUUUUUGUAAUUAUGAAUGUUACUUGUACAAUAUGGUAUAAUAAUAUUA